AUAAGUUUUUAAAAUGGGUAGAAAAGUUUUUGUUGUCGGCGUAGGCAUGACUAAAUUCGUCAAGCCGAGCCCGGACCGCGAUUAUCCCGAGAUGGGGAAGGAAGCGGUGGAGGCUGCGCUGGCGGACGCUGGGAUCAAGUACGAGAAGAUUCAGCAAGCCGUGUGCGGGUACGUUUUCGGAGACUCUACUUGCGGGCAGCGUGUGUUGUAUCAGGUCGGAAUGACCGGUAUCCCGAUUUACAAUGUCAAUAACAACUGCUCCACCGGCUCGAACGCGCUAUUUCUCGGUAAACAGCUCAUCGAGGGAGGUAUUUCCGACAUAGUUCUGGCCGUCGGCUUCGAGAAGAUGGCAGCCGGCGCUCUCGGCGCUGGCGCCUACACCGACCGGACGAACCCCUUGGACCGCCACACGCUCAAAAUGGCUGAGAUGGCUGACAUAGCCGCUGCCCCAAUGACACCGCAAUACUUUGGUAACGCUGCUAUAGAACACAUGAAAAAGUAUGGGACUACAGAAGUUCAUUUAGCCAAAAUAGCAGCAAAGAACCACAGACACGGUUACAAAAAUCCACGAGCACAAAGCACAAGGGAGUAUACUGUAGAAGAGGUUUUGAAUUCUAGAAAGAUCUAUGGUCCGUUGACCAAACUGGAGUGUUGUCCGACUAGUGAUGGAGCGGGCGCCGCUGUGCUCAUGUCAGAAGAAGCUGUCAUCCGCCACGGUCUGCAAAACAAGGCUGUUGAGAUCAUAGGUAUGGAAAUGGCAACAGACACAGAAGCUGUGUUCACUGAGAACAGUUUAAUGAAAGUGGCCGGCUAUGACAUGACAGGGCUUGCUGCUAAGCGCCUUUACGAAAAAACUGGUAUUUCACCAAAGCAAGUAGAUGUUGUAGAGCUUCACGAUUGCUUUGCUGCGAAUGAACUAAUUACAUAUGAAGGUCUGCAGCUGUGUGGAGUAGGUGAAGCGGGCAAGUUUGUAGAUGCUGGGGACAACACGUAUGGAGGACGAGUGGUUGUGAAUCCGAGUGGAGGACUGAUCGCUAAGGGACAUCCUCUGGGAGCCACGGGAUUGGCGCAGUGUGCGGAGCUGGUCUGGCAGCUGAGAGGCGAGGCAGGAGACAGACAGGUCCCUCGCGCUCGAAUCGCUCUUCAACACAACUUGGGACUCGGUGGAGCAGUAGUCAUCACCAUGUACCGCAAGGGAUUCACCAAUGCCACUCCCAACGCGGUUGCCGCCUCCUCAAACCCUGAGGAGUUUGAGGUCUACAAAUACAUGAAGAUCCUCGAGAAUGCCAUGGAGACUGACACCGAAAACCUCAUCGAGAAGGUCCGAGGCAUCUACGGCUUCAAGGUCAAGGGCGCCAACGGCGAAGGCUACUGGGUCAUCAACGCCAAGGAGGGCAAGGGCAAGGUCACGUACAACGGCAAGGACAAACCUGAUGUGACCUUCACAGUUAACGACAAAGAUGUUGUUGACCUAAUUUCUGGAAAGCUAAACCCUCAAAAAGCUUUCUUCCAAGGUAAGAUUAAGAUCCAAGGAAAUAUGGGACUCGCGAUGAAGCUUACAGACCUUCAGAGGCAGGCGGCUGGCAGAAUAGAGCAAAUCCGCUCGAAACUGUAAAUUAAAAAAAAAGUGUGGGCUUUAAAUAUUUCUUGGUUAUGGAUCUUGGUCUAGGGCAUUUAUUUUUAAAUAGCUGGUUCCAUGAAAAUUAAGUCACAUGAAAUUAAAUGGUUAGAAUGAUAGAUUUAAUCUACUAUUUAUAACCUUAAAUAUAUCUACAGUUCUUGUUUAUAGAAAUCGAAGUAUAGAUGUUAGGUGCAAUGUAUUUUUAUAGAUAGAAUAAUGUUCAAUGUUAUCUUAUCAUUCCUUGGAUAUUUUAUAAAUGGUACUAUUUUGUUAAUAAAUUUUUU